AGUUCAUUUUCUUUCAAUUCUAAUCAAUGAAACCUCCAAAUAAAAAAUGCCUGCAACCAUACUCCUCCCCUCUCUCAAUACUACACUCAAAAUGAUUGAUUAUAAAUACCAAACGCGCCCCACACAAGUUAACAGAACCAUAAACGCUCGCCCCACACAAGUUAACAGAACCAUAAACGCUCAAACACGCGCCACACAAGUUAACAGAAUCAUAAACGCUCAAACGCGCACCAUACAAGUUAACAGAAAUAUAACCGCUCGCAUGGAGUCUCCAAAUCACGAAACCAAAACCAAAAUGGAAGAAAAAGAAGCCAUUAAAACUGAGAGCAAGUUUCGAUCAGAGUUUCUGCAAAUGCUCCGUAAGAGACGAGCUCCUCAAGUUCCGUUAACGGUUGAAAUCGCAAAACCAGCGGAGAUUUUUUGGUAUGAGAACAAUCCAAACGAAGAGGAGAUUAUGAAAUCUUGUCCAAAGAAAGACAUUGAGAAUUUCAAAGAUUUGGUCAAGGAGGAGAAUCUGUAUAUAAAUAUAGAGGAAGGAGAUCAAGGAAAGUUGCCUGUGUUGAUUUUGAGCUUGAAGGGAAGUGAUAAGCAGAUAAAAAGACCUGCGGUUGUUUUCCUUCACGGUUCAUACAUGUGUAAAGAAUAUUUGCGUCCAUUGCUAGAGGCAUACGCUUCACGGGGAUACAUAGCAAUUUCGGUUGAUUCUCGUUACCAUGGUGAACGAGCGAAGAGCGCCACCACCUAUCAAGAGGCUCUUAUUUCUGCAUGGAAAAUCGGAGACACAAUGCCAUUCAUAUAUGACACGGUUUGGGACUUGAUUAAAUUGGCAGAUUAUCUAACACAGAGAGAAGAUAUAGACCCCUCUAGGAUAGGAAUCACAGGAAUAUCACUUGGAGGAAUGCAUGCAUGGUUUGCUGCAGCUGCUGAUACUCGCUAUGCAGUAAUUGCUCCUCUAAUUGGUGUUCAGGGAUUUCGAUGGGCCAUAGACAACGAUAAGUGGCAUGGCCGAGUUGAUAGUAUAAAGCCUGUUUUUGAAGUAGCUCGUGAAGAUUUGGGUAAAAAUGCUAUCGACAAAGAAGUAGUGGAAAAGGUGUGGGACAGGAUUGCUCCUGGUUUGGCUUCCCAUUUUGAUUCCCCUUACUCAAUUCCACCUAUUGCACCCCGUCCUCUGCUUAUUCUCAAUGGUGCGGAAGAUCCUAGGUGUCCCCUUGCCGGUUUGGUAACUCUAAUGUUAAAAAUAAGUCAGAUAUAUGCAGAGUUUCAAUGCUCAAAUAAUUUUAAGGCAUAAUAUAAUGCUCUCCUAAAGAAUGAUUCCUGGAACUUGGUGCCCCCCCUCUUGCAGUUACAAAAGGCUGGGCUAUUCAGCAAUUAGACAUCAACAAUGCCUUUCUCAAUGGGUUCCUUAAUGAAGAAGUGUAUAUGGUACAUCCCCCUGGAUUUGAGAAAGGUGAUACUCCUCUUGUUUGUAAACUCAACAAAGCAUUAUAUGCACUUAAGCAUGCCCCUAGAGCCUGGUUUGAAAAAUUAAAAGGUGAUCUGCUUUCACUCAAUUUUACUGCAAGUAAAUGUGAUCCCUCCUUGUUCAUGUUGCAUACUCCUACACAGUGCACUAUUGUACUAGUGUAUGUAGAUGAUAUUAUCAUUACAUGUACAUCAAAAGCCUUCAUUCAGCAACUAACCACCAAACUUAAUCUCUCUUUCUCUCUCAAGGACUUAGGCCAACUUGACUAUUUCUUGGGAAUUGAGGUCCUUCAUCUGCCUAGUGGAUCACUUAUAUUGUCUCAAAGUAAAUAUAUCAAGGAUCUUUUGAGUAAAGCCCAAAUGUCUAAUGCAAAAGAAAUUGCUUCCCCUAUGGCCUCCAGCACUGAACUGUUCAAAGUUGGCUCAGCCAAUGUUAGUGACCCUACAAUGUUCAGAUCCAUAGUUGGAGCUCUACAAUAUGCAACCAUUACCAGGCUUGAAAUCUCUUGCAGUGAACAAAGUGUGCCAAUUUGUGUCCAAUCCUCUUGAAGAUCAUUGGAAGGCAGUAAUGAGGAUUUUGAGGUAUCUCCAAGGGACUCUUAAUCAUGGUCUGCUCCUUGUCCCAGCUGAUAACACCACUCCCAUCAACAUCACACGUUUUUGUGAUGUUGACUGGGCCUCUGACCCAGAUGACAGGAGGUCCACCUCAGGGACUUGUAUAUUCCUUGGUCCUAAUCUAGUUUCAUGGUGGGCUAAGAAACAAACACUGGUGGCUAGGUCCAGUGCAGAUGCAGAAUACAUGAGCUUAGCUCAUGCUACUGCAGAGAUCCUGUGGCUUCAGUCAUUACUGCAAGAACUUAGAGUUCCACAUAAAGUGCCAAAAAUUAUGUGUGAUAAUCUAAGUGUUGUUGCUCUCUCUCACAAUUAUGUUCUUCACUCAAGAACAAAGCAUAUGGAACUCGAUAUAUUUUUUGUCAAGGAGAAAGUCAUAACUCUGUUAUGAAAACAAUUACAGUUCUAGCUGUCAUGUAAAAUUUUAUAAAUACAGUCUUGUAAAAGAAACUGAAUCAUAAUGAAAAUAGAAUUCAGCUUCUAACAAA